AUGGAAGGAUUAUUGAAUUCUUUGGUUAACCAAAGUUGUUUAAAGCCCUUUGGUUUUUCUCCGAGAGUUGGUUAUACUUUCCCGGUUACCACGAGAACUUGUCGUUUAAAUUGGAAAUCCGGUUCGUAUACCUUGAACAACAUCGAUUGCAUGCGUUUUGAUAGAGGUAGUGCUACCGGUGCUAGAGGAGCUAGAGUUUCUGCAUUGGAUAGCGAUGAUAAAGGAGAGGAAUCUGAUAUGGAUUGGGAAACGGAAUUAUUAGAGGAACUGGAUCUGUUUGGUUAUCGAGCUCCGAAUAAAAGAGAAAAAGAACAAAGGUUGGAGUUGCUUGAAGAUACGGAUGAAAUGGAUUGGUGUGUGAGGGCAAGAAAGAUGGCACUAAAAACAAUUAAAGCGAAGAGUACGGCUUAUGCAAUAGAGGAUUUGUUUACUGAGAAGAAGAAGAAGAAGAAAAAAGCUAAGAAGAAGUUGGUAAGCAAGGAGAAAAUAGAUAAUAAAAUCGACGAAAUUGAUUUGAAAAGGAAAGCAGGUUUGAUUGAGGAUGACAUGUUUGCAGAAAAUAAGGCGAAAACGACGGAAACAUUUUACAAUAGACUGUCUAAAUUUUCUGGGAUAUCUGACCAUAGAAAAGAAAUGCACUUGAACAAAGCGAUCAUUGAAGCACAGACUGCAGAGGAUGUGUUGGAGGUUACAUACGAAACAAUUGUUGCAGUUUCGAAAGGACUUAGCCCGUCGCCUCUCUCGCCUUUGAAUAUUGCUACUGCUCUCCAUCGUAUUGCUAAGAAUAUGGAGAAAGUUUCUAUGAUGGGAACUCAAAGACUCGCGUUUGCUCGACAAAAAGAGAUGUCUAAGCUUGUCGGCAUUGCAAUGACAUCCUUACCUGAUUGCUCGGCUCAAGGAAUCUCAAACAUUGCUUGGGCGCUGUCUAAAGUUGGAGGGAAACUGCUUUACUUUUCAGAAAUGGAUAGAAUUGCAGAGGUUGCACUGACCAAAGUUGAAGAAUUUAACUUUCAGAAUAUUGCUAAUAUUGCAGGUGCUUUCGCUUCAAUGCAGCAUUCAGCUACUGAUCUUUUUGCAGAAUUGUCGAAAAGAGCUUCAGAAUUAAUUCACACUCUCAAAGGUCAAGAACUUGCACAGCUCUUGUGGGCAUUUGCAUCUCUGUACGAGCCUGCUGAUGUCGUAUUUGAUUCUUUAGACAAACUCUUGAAAGAUCAUAGCCAAUCAAUAGGUUUAAUAGGUGAAAAUUUAUCCAAUAAUCAUGAACAAAUCGGUGCCGAAUCUGUUGAUCGAAACGAGGCCUCAAAUUUACUGACUUUAAGUAGGGAUGAGCUUGCGAAUAUAGCUUGGUCCUAUGCUGUCUUUGGACAAAUGGAUAGGAUUUUCUUCUCUCAUGUCUGGAAAACUCUCAACAAUUUUGAAGAGCAAAGGGUUUCGGACCUGUAUAGGGAAGAUAUUAUGUUUGCUUCUCAGGUUCAUCUUGUAAACCAGUGCUUGAAACUUGAAUUCCCACAUCUUCAGCUGUCUUUAUGUGGCAAGCUCGAGGAUAAAAUUUCACACGCUGGAAAAAGCAGAAGAUUCAAUGCGAAGGUAACUUCGUUAUUUCAGAAAGAGGUUGGACAUCUUCUCGUUAGCACUGGACUUCAAUGGGUCAAAGAAUAUGUUGUAGAUUGCUACUCUUUGGAUGCUGCGGUAGUUGAUAAGAAGCUUGCUCUGGAGAUUGAUGGUCCAACUCAUUUCUCUAGAAACACCGAUGUUCCUUUAGGACAUACCAUGCUAAAGCGCCGAUACAUUACUGCUGCUGGUUGGAAACUCGUCACAUUAUCCUAUCAAGAGUGGGAGGAACUUCAAGGAGGAUCUGAACAGAUGGAGUACCUUAGGGGCAUUCUUGAAGAUGAUAUAGAUAAAAGAAAUGUCAGCACUACAUUAACUGAGGUAAAGUGA